ACCACCCCACGUCUCCGGGCCCAUGUUUCUCUGAACAGUGCUGAAAGGUCAGAGCGGUGGUUUUUGAGACCUAAAACCCUAGCAAUGCUGAGGCAUUGAGACCGUCGGCGGCACCGCUUUCGCUUGCAACUUCAUCGUCGUCGUUGGCUGGUGUGGCAUCAGAAGCCAUGACGUUGGUGGAAAGCCCACCGCCGGAACCUCUCGUGAGGCUUGCCGAUAUACCUGGCCGUGGUCGCGCCUUCUUGGCCUCUCGCCACAUCAAACCUGGUGAGAUUCUCCUCUCUGACUCCCCUCUGCUUCUCUAUCCCGCCGUUUCCGCAGGGGAAACCAGCUCGCCCUAUUGUUCUCAUUGCUUCCGCUCUGUGCGUUCCACUCCAACCCCUUGCCCUUUCUGUACCUCUGUUGUGUUCUGCUCCACCCGCUGCCUCUCUGGUGCCCUUUCUUCAUGCCACUCCCCUUCCAUUUGCCGCGCAUUAGCUGCACUCCCGCCCCUCCCCGAUCCUGAGCUCCGCGCCCAGGUCCAAUUCCUCUUGGCCGCCUCCAGCCUCUCCUCGACCUCCCCUGCCAACUUCCACCACCUUCUUUCCCUAGAUGGCGGUGACGCCACCCCAGCCCAGCAGGAGGCAAUUUUCCUCCAUUCCCUCCUUAGUCCGCUCACGGGCUUCUCUCUCCAAGUCACAGCCACGUUGAUCGCCAAGGAUAAAAGGAACGCUUUUGGCCUCAUGGAACCGUUUAGGGCAGAGGAUGCCGGUGAGAGAAGGGUCAGGGCAUAUGGGAUUUACCCAAAUGCCUCCUUUUUCAACCAUGAUUGUUUGCCCAAUGCUUGCCGUUUUGAUUACCUUGAUCGGGAUGGGGACGGCAACACUGAUAUCAUGGUUAGGGCAAUUCACGACAUUCCGGAGGGCAGAGAAGUGUGUUUGAGCUAUUUUCCCACAAAUUGGGGGUACAAGGAAAGGCAGCAGAGAUUAAUGGAGGAUUAUGGAUUUCAGUGCAUCUGUGACAGAUGUGAGGUGGAAAAAAAUUGGAAGGAUGAGGAUGAGGAGGACAUGGAAGAGGAGGAGGAGGAUGAAAGGUUGGAGGAGAUGGAUGAGGAGGUUGUUGAGAACGCAGGUGAUGGAAAUGAUGAAUUCCCCCAUGCUUAUUUCUUUGUGAGGUAUGUUUGUGACCAGGACAACUGUGGAGGGACAAUGGCUCCCUUGCCUCCAUCACCGCAAGGUACACCAUCAGGUUUGAUUGAGUGCAAUGUUUGUGGUCGGUUAAGGAAGGAGGAGGAUGGCUUUGGUGGAGAUGAUGAUGAUGGAGAUGGUAUAAUGCUUGACCAGUGAACACCAUUGCUGGAUCUUGUAGGUGCUAUUAUGCCAACACAAGUUAGAGAAGAGAACUAGAAGGGUAAACAUGUGAAAGUCAAGCCUGGUGGAUCCUGUCUGAAUCAAUCCAAGUCAUGUUGAGUUGUUUCAAUGGUUGAAUUUAUGAGUUUAAUAGAGUUUUUUUAUGUCUACAAUAUAUCGAAAGCUGCGACACUUAUAGGUGAGUGCACCUGUGUGGCUUAUAGAUUACUUGCACAUCAAAUUUUCUUAAAUUUAUGUAGCUCAUCUUGAUCUAUUGGUUGGGAGCUUUGACUAUCAAUCAAUAAGCCUUAGAUUCGAAGUUUAUGUAUGUGAUGUGUGUACGAAUUUAUCUUAAUACUUCAACCUUAAUCCUAAACAUUUUUUUAUUAUUCUAUUAUGCUAAA